AUGGCAGAGAUAAUAGGUCUGGUCGCCAGCGUCGUGCAAUUGGCCGAUGCAGGUCUGAAAUUGUCAUCGGCGCUGUACCAAUAUGCUGAUGGGGUGGCUACUGCCGAUCGAAGAAUCAAGAAUAUCGCGAACGAAGUCAAACUUACAAGCUUCGUUAUCCAAGAGCUGGGGGGCAUUUUUGAACAAAACAAGACGGCAAACCUGAUUUCGGGAAAUGCAAUUAUAACGGCGAAGGAAACGAUCAAAGAGUGCGAUACGGUGUUUACAGAGAUCAAGGUGAUAGUCGACAAGACCAAAUCAGGAAAGAUGGGUCGAUUUAUGUUACCUUUCCGGGAUAACAAGAUCGAACUCCUACGAAGUCAGAUCGACAAACUUAAGAGUACAUUGCAGUUGUUGAUGCAGGUACUCAUAUUUGCCCAGCAAGUUUCGUCAAACAAGCUCAGCUACGAGGCCGAAGCAGAACAACGAAAAGAGAUCAUACAAUUGAGGAAAAUCGCGAAAGAAGCAGCCGAAAAAUACGAGAAGUCGCGGAGAAGCUUCAGUAUAAGCGAUGAUGGUACCGCUGUGAAUGAUGACGAGCGGUCCCUACAAGAGGGUGAUGGAUUUGUUUCGCCUUCUGAUCUUUUCAAGGCUGCUUCAUCCAUCAGCUCCGCGAUCAAUCCUGAAACACUUGCGACAUGUGUAAACCAUGUUCGAAACCUCUUGGUAGAUAUUGAGACAUUGCAGCUUGCCCUGGCCAGGGAAGUAGACGGAGAUGAUCAUUCAGAUCAUCAUCAGAAGGCUAUUGGGUCUUACUUCAUCGCUCGCUCCCAUCUCGACAGUGUUUUGCUUGGCAACUCCAAAGCCAAAUUCACUAGCACACAAACCCAGCAAAUCAUCAGCGAAACGAGUGCCAAAAGCGCUGCAUCAGAGCUUCAGCGAAAGUCGGUGCCUGAUGCAGCACACGAGAAGUUACCCUACAGGCAUACCAAUACCGCUUCAUAUGCUGCGAUAGUAGCAAAAGACACAGAACGAGUGUCUCGGCCAGAAUUUUCGCCUGAAGAAGUACUGAAGAUAAGAGAGCAACGCCUUCAAAAGUUAGCCCAAGAAGAGGAACAAAAGGAGUUACUAAGGGCAGAGGAAAAGGCGAAGACACGUCAAAGAGAUGUGCCCAGAAGACGGAAAGAUUCACAACAGAAGCUGAAAUUGGGCGACUUCCUUGGAGAUCAAUCACUCGGAUCCUGGGCAGACGAGAUGGAAGACGGGCCUAAGAAAGUCCAAACAGAAAGAGGAGGUUUUGUCUCCAGUAGAGGUAAUUCCAAACCAUCCAAUGUUGACGAGGUGGACGAAUUAUUGAGGGAAUGGACUACCGUGCUCGGAUGA